GUGAGGAGCGGCUGCGGUAGCAACAGUCGCUGCCUCCGAAGCCCGUUGGUUCGGUUUAGCGCUGCCAAGGCCAGGCCGGGCCGGGCCUGAGUCAGGAGGAGGGGGAGCCCCGUGGGCGCAGGAAGACGGCGGGGGGCGCUCCGCUCGGGCUCCCCCUCCCUCGCGGGACCGAGAAAGGACCCCGAGGGUAGCGCUGAUCGUGGGAGGGACGUGGCCGGAGCUGCUUCUCCUUGGCAAAGAAGGCAGCGGCGGCGGGAACCCUCGGAAGAGGCGGCUUCGCCUUGCCUCAGACUUCUCUUUCCCUUCUCCUCACCUGGACCGAAGGGCGGGGAAGAGGGGCUCGUUCCCCCCCUCCCCGGACAAUGGGGCCGGAGGGAGAGUGACAGAUAAGGGUGGGGGAGCGGGGGAGAUGAGCCUGUGAACGUCAGGUGCUGCGUGUGCCCGGGGAGAAGGUGCUGGAGGGGGCUUCCCCUUCUUCCUGCUCCAGCCACAGGCUGUCCUCGUCUCCCCCCCUCCGCCACCCUGCGUUCCCUGCCACCUUCCUCCUCCUGGCAAAGCUGUUGACAGGGUCUCUUAGCUGUGGAAGAUGGCGACACCAGGGAUGAGCUGGCAGCAGCAUUAUUACAGCGGCGGCUCCUCGACCAGCUCUGGAAAAUUCACCACCACCUCUUCUUCCUCGGCCGCCUCCUCCCAGCUCGGCAUGGAAUAUAACCAGGAUCUCCAUCUCAAAAUGAGCAAGAAAAUAGCUCAGCUCACCAAGGUAAUAUAUGCGUUGAACACAAAGAAUGAUGAACAUGAAGCUUCUAUCCAAGCCCUCAAGGAUACUCAUGAAGAAGAAAUUCAACAAAUUCUUGCAGAAACCAGAGAAAAGAUUCUGCAGUACAAGAGUAAAGUUUCUGAGGAAAUGGAUUUGAAGAGAAAGAUUCAGGUUUUAGAAGAGUCAUUGGAGGACCAUAAAAAGAUGAAGCAUCAAGCCCUAACAGAAUUCGAAGCUUAUAAGGACAGAGUUGAGGAUAUGCAGCUUUGUGCAGAAGCCCAGCAUGUCCAGCGUGUAGUGACUAUGUCACGGGAAGUGGAAGAGAUUAGAAAAAAGUUUGAAGAGCGGUUACGAAGCUUUAUACAAUUACAAGUACAGUUUGAGAAAGAUAAACGUUCAGCUCUUGAAGAGUUGCGAGCUGCACAUAGACUUGAGAUUCAAGAACUUAUGAAGACUCAUCAGAGUCAGAAUGCUACUUUAAGUAAGGGACAGGAAAAGUUAGAAGAGCUGCACAGACGGGACGUGGAAGACUUGAAUGCUAAAGUUGAAGAUCUAAGACUGGAAAGAAAAAAGCUAAUUGAGGACUACGAAGGUAAACUCAGCAAAGCUCAGUCUUUCUAUGAGCAUGAACUUGAUACUAUGAAAAGGUCCCAGCUCUUUACAGCUGAAAGCCUGAAAGCUUGCAAAGAGAAAGAAGUGGAACUAAGAAAAGAAUUUCAAAGCCAAGAAUCUAUUUUACGAAAAAACCUGGGGAAACUAAAGACCGAAUUGCAGAUGGUACAAGAUGAAGCAGGCAGUCUGCGAGAAAAGUGCCAAAAGCUUCAAGUAGCAUUAAAUACAGCAGAAAACAAUGUACAGGCUCUUCAAAAACAGCUAGAAGAUGUCAAAGAAGAGGAGAUGUCUUUGUUAAGUAAACACAAGGAGGUUGAAAGUGAGCUAGCUGCUGCUAGGGAACGCUUACAACAACAGGCCACAGAUCUUGUCCUAAAAGCCAGUCACAUUGGAAUGCUUCAAGCUACUCAAAUGACCCAAGAAGUUACAAUACGGGAUUUAGAAUCUGAAAAGUCCAGAUUACGGGAGAAACUGUCUCAAAUGGAAGAAGAAAGAAAUCUAUUGCAAAGCAAAACUCAAAGUUUGGAUGAACGACAAAGGCAGCAAAUUCUUGCUCUGGAGAAGAAAGUGAAUGAAGCAAGGGAAACACAAAAAGAAUAUUACGAGAAAGAGCUGAUAAAAUUGCAAGCCAGACUAGAAGGAGAAGCUGUACAGCUAAAUGAGGCUCAUUCUAAGACUUUGGAGGAAUUGGCAUGGAAACAUCAUAAUGCUCUUGAGGCAAUACAUAGCAAUGCUAACAAGGAAAAAAAGAAACUGCAGAUGGAGUUAGAGCAGCAUUUUGAAAAAGAGAAGCUACACUUGGAAGAUGAGAAGAAUCAGCUUAGACAGCAGUUGGAAAACCUGAGGGAAGAACUGACAGCCAAGCUGACUUCAUCCAAUCAGGAGGUGUGUCGUCUUCAAGACAUGGUAAGAAAAAGUGAACAGGGCCUUGGUACUGCAGAGGGGCACAUCUCCAAUCUUCAGGAAAACCAAGAAAUAUUACAAAAAGAACUAGAACUGACAAGGACAAGAUUGAGGGAAGCCACAGAUUCUCUAUAUAAUGUUGAGGGGGAAUUAGACCAAGAAAGGCAGCAACAUGAAGCAAUGAUUGUAGCCAUGAGAGAAGAAGAGAAAUUCAAAGUUGACAGAAUGGCCCAUGAUCUGGAAAUAAAAUGGACAGAAAAUCUUCGGCAAGAAUGUAGUAAACUUCGGGAAGAGCUGAGGCUUCAGCAUGAAGAAGAUAAAAAGUCAGCAAUGACGCAACUUUUGCAGCUGAAAGAGAGGGAAAAAAAUGCUGCCAGAGAUAGUUGGCAAAAGAAAGUAGAAGAUUUGUUGGAUCAGAUCUCUCUGCUGAAGCAGAAUCUAGAAAUGCAGCUGUCUCAGUCUCAAACAUCAAUGCAACAACUUCAGGCACAGUUCAGUCAGGAGCGACAGAGGCUUGCCCAAGAAAUUGAAGAGCUAGAAGAACAACAUGAGCAAAAGAGUAAGUCCCUCAAAGAAGCACACAUCCUUGCAUUUCAAACAAUGGAAGAAACAAAAGAACAAGACCAAAAGGAACUUGAACAACGUUUGCAGCAAAAGCAUUCAGAGGAACUUCAGGCUUUAAAAGAAGCCCACAAACAAGCUAUGGAAGCUUUCAAACUAGAAAUGGAACAGGAAUUGCAGACGCUUCGUUUUGAACUGGAAGAUGAAGGGAAAGCUAUGUUAGCAUCAUUGCGCUCAGAAUUAAAUCAUCAACAUGCAGCAGCUAUUGAUCAACUAAGGCAUAACCAUCAACAAGAACUGACAGCAGCUAAAAUGGAACUUGAGAGAAAUCUAGAGCUCAGCAGGCAUCAGGAAAAUGAAUUUGUGUGCCGGAUAUCAGAUCUACAGGAUGAACGGCGGCAUCGAGACCACCAUAUAUCUGAACUGGAUAAGGAGAUACUUGCACUGCAUGAAAACAUAAGUGUACUAACCAAGGAACUAGAGUUCAAAGGGAAAGAAGUUCUCAGAAUACGUAGUGAAUCUAACCAACAGAUUAGGCUGCAUGAACAAGAUUUAAACAAGAAACAUGAGAGAGAGCUGGAUGUCAUGACAGCAGACCACAUCAGAGAGAAACAAAGCUUGCUGGCAGAUUUUAGUAAGACCCAAGAGCUGCUGAAGGAAAUUAAUUCAGCUUUGCAAGUUUCUUUAGAAGAAAUGGAAGAAAAAUAUCAAAACAGAGAAUCCAGACCAGAAGAUUUGCAGCUUAUUGCAGAAUUGAAAGACCUGAUUGCAGAAAGGGAUCAGCUGAUAAAGAAAUUGAUUGAUGACAAGAAAUUCUAUCAACUGGAACUAGUCAACAGGGAGACUAACUUCAACAAAGUAUUUAAUGCAAGUCCUAAUGUUGGUGUUAUUAACCCUCUAGUGAAGCAAAAGAAGAAGAAUGAUAAAUCAGCAAACAGGUUUGUGAGUGUCCCCAAUCUAAGUGCUCUGGAAUCUAUUGGAGUGGGCAAUGGACAUCCUAACCGUCUGGACCCUAUUCCUAAUUCACCCAUCCACGAUAUUGAGUUCAACAGCAGCAGACCACUUCCACAGCCAAUACCACCCAAAGAGCCCAAGACGUUUUUGAGCCCUCUUCAGACUGAAGCUUCUCCAGUGGCUUCACCAGAUCCCCAGCGCCAGGAAUGGUUUGCCCGUUACUUCACAUUCUGAGAAAUAAUUUUUGUGUGUGUGGCAGAGCGUGGUGUGGAAUGUUCAUAAGAGCAUGACCUUAAACUAAACCCUUACAUGAACAAGCUUUCCUGUAAUAUGUCAAACACUGUGAAUGAGAAAGUAUUUGUCUCUGAUUUGAAAAUGCACUGUAUUUUAUGUGAUAUUUGUUGGAAUCACUUGACAUGGUAAAUAAAUGUGUUUAAUGACACAUAUUUUUAUUUAAAAUGGAAGAGUCUUUAAACUUUGUAAUUACUGCAUAAUAAAUUUUCGUAGAAGAAACAAUGCUUCCCCCCUUUUCUUAUAAAUAUGUAUUUUCUUUGAUUUCAGGAAAGGCUGUCCCCCACUCCUGUCUCCCUUCUGAAAUGCAAUGAAUUGCAUGGUUAUUGUAUAUCCAAAUAAACUAUCAACAGUUUUUUUAAUUGUUGCAAGAUAUGUUUAAACCCUUCUGGUUUUUUUUAGUCAUCUAGUAGAAUUUAACUUUGAAAAUUGUGUUUAUUCUAAAAAUGGUGAAGAAUGGAAAAUAAAUAAGUCUAUUGUAGCAUAGCUGGUGGCCUUUAGAGCUGAGUGAUUUUUGUUAAGACCAUAGUAAGAAAAAUAGCAUCCUUAUUUCUUGUCUACAACUGAUCUGUCCUCUAGUAAUCAUAUUUACUAUAUUUUAAUGUUAAAUUUCAUCAACAUUUUGUCAUAAAUGUUUUAUAAAUACCUAUAAAGAACAUUUGGGGAACUAAACUAUGUAUUGUUGUAUAAAUGAAAAAAUCAUUUAUGGAAAUCUGCAUUUUGAGGACAUAAUCAUCCUUUGGGCAAAACUCAGGCUUUACAAAAAUAGUGCUAAACUAAUUAUGCAUAAUAAAGCAUGUAAACCUUUCAUUAAAACUCUAGCAUAUUUAAUUUACAAAGAACAGUAUUUUUUUCCACUAUAAAAUUAACCCAGGGACCACAUGACCUUUUUCAUACGGAGAGUGAGCUUGAUUUUCCACUCUAUUACACCUGUCUUACAGUUGUGCAAGUCCUCUGGCAGAAAAGAUGUAAUACACUGGCAAAUCUGGUCUACAUACUUUUGUUGAUGUUGUUGUUAAUUCCAAGAUUACCACAAUGUAACCAACACUGGUAAUCUCAGGGAGGGUUUUUUGUUUUAUGAAUGUACUUUUAAACCUGAUCUUUGUAUCUUUAAGGGGGUGGGGUGUUGCUUGAUUAUUUUAAAUAAGAUUUUUAUCCUUAGAUAAAAAGAUAGCUCUUAUUUCUGCUGAUGCCCAGACUAUGUCUUCCCAUUUUGCAAAAGCAUAAUUAACCAAUCAAAGAUACCAUCACUAGUUAUAAUAGUAAGUUUUAUAUGUAGCAUAUGUAUAAAAUAAUAAUUUGUAUGUUUUCAUAUAAAAUAUUCUAAAUCAAAAUUUUAAAAAUGUAUCUCCUGUAUACUCAGCCUGAAAAUGUUCCCACAUUCUGCUGCUAAUCUGAAGCAGUAUUUGGCAGAUACUCUAUGGUUGAUGGAUUUAACUGUAGGUAUAUGCAACCUUUACUUUAGAAGAAAGCCAUAUUGAGUCAAAGUCAGAUUUCUUGGCUGUUACCUGAAAUAAAACACACUGGAUAAUUUUGA